GCAAAGGAGGCUCUCAAGUUGUCAGUGAUGUGAUGGCAUCUCUUGACAUUGAGACUUUAUUCAACGAGCAGAACAACAAUUCGGAUGGCUCUGCUGAGAAUGAAGUUAAAUGGAGCAAACAAAGGGAAACGUUUAUGAAACUGCUUUCAAAUCUUGAGAAGGAGCUUGAAUGCGAGGUGCUAACUGAGCGACUGGAACUGGACACCCUGGAGUCCCUGGGCCAGAUCAAGUCAACAGACAUGUUCCAAAAAAGAUACGUCAAGACCAGAACUAAAUUAUUCUACAAACAGAAUAAGUUCAACAUGCUGCGCGAGGAGAACGAGGGAUACAGUAAACUCAUCACGGAGUUGAACCAAGAUCCGAUGCCAGGGUCUCCCUCCCAGUUUACAUGCAACCUCAAAAGUCUAGUCGGAAAAUUCAACCUUGACCCAAACCGUGUGAUUGACAUUCUCUUGGAAGUGAUCGAAUGUCAGACUCAAAACAAAAAGUUCCUCAUUCAAGUCAUGCGAGAAUUUGGAGUCGGUAGCAACAUUUCGCAGUUUCUGGGAUUCAAACUGCAGCAUUUCAAAUCGAUGAUAAAUGUAACCCGAAAAACUCCCGAAUCGUUAUUACAAGUCACAGCCAUGUUGAUCAGCGAAGGUGCCGUUAUUUGUUCAGACAUGUACGCACAGCUCACACCAGCUGACAAAGAAAUGAAUGAAAGCUAUAAGAAGUAUGUGAUUAACUGCAGACAAGCUGCGAGAAAAUUAACAGCUGUAGUUUUGAGCGAAACUGUCGCGGAAGAGAACGCAAAAGAAGUACAGUCGUUGCAGGUCCCGCCAGAGUUCGGAGACAAUCAAAAACUGGGAGUCCUUCAACAGUUAGUGCUGAUGGGAGACUGGGAACAUGUGAACGAAAUGUUGGAGCUAUUACCGAUUCCGUGUAGUUAUGUAAUGUCGUUUGGAGACAUUGCCUAUAAUUUGUGUCAGAUGAUUCAUAAACUGAUAGACCCGCUCUACAAGAGGGUGUGCAAGGAGUUUGGACUCGGAGGUCUUCCUCCAGCUUCCGUGGUUGCAUCACAACAACAAUCCUCCCCGCCACUGAAGACCAAAGAAACUGAAUCACCUUUCAAACCUGUCACUGACUUCGGAGAUCUGCAUGGUGAAGUUGCGGAUAUGUUGAUGACGCUGGGCGCUUCUUUGAGCGAGGAUCCGAUUCUCUUUGUAAAGUUGGCCAGGAUGGCGACAGCAUCGUUGAAAGAGUCUUCCGAAAAAGCUGAGAAAGGACCAUGCGAGCGGAAGGUGUCUCAGACGUGGUUGAAGAUACUGGACUGCUGCAUGUUACCGGCUCUUAGUCUGAUGAAUGCCUCCUGUUUCUACUCGGAGCUGCUCUGGGGUGCCGUACAGUAUCUGCCCUACCACGACAGAUACCAUCUUUACUACCUUUGGAAAUCGCAAGUGUACGCCUCAGACCCCCUUCUCAUUCUGAAGAAAGCAGAAGUAGUGGACCGGAUCAAGUACCUGAUGAAAAGGCUCACUAAAGACACGGUCAAAAGCAUCGGACGCCAUAUUGCAAAACUCGCUUUCUGCAACCCUUUAGUGGCAUUUGAUCAUGUGAUUGCACAACUGCAGAAAUACGAUAAUCUGAAUGGACCAAUGGCGGAUGUGCUGAAGUUGUUUUCGCAGCUCUCGAUUGACAUUAUGAUUUACACUCUGGUUGAGGAACUAGGCAAUCCGGCCAAGGAGAAGAUCAAUCAAGCUAAUGCGUCAUUGUCACCAUGGCUCAACAGUCUAGCAGUGUUCAUUGGUUUAAUCUGCAAGAAGUACGUGUUCGACACCGCUGGACUCUUGCAGUACAUAGCCAAUCAGCUGAAAGCAGAGAGGAACUUUGAUCUGGUCAUCUUGAAGGAACUGCUGAGUAAGAUGAGUGGGGUCACUGUGUUUGAAGAUAUCACUAAUGAUGAGUUGUUCGCACUCGGAGGAGGGGAAUUGCUCAAGUCUGAGGCGGCGUAUCAAGGACAAGUGCGCGCGUGUCAAAAGUCUUCAAAACGACUGAAAGACACGAUGGUCGAACUUAACAUCGCAUUUCCACUCUGCAUGCUGCUCUCAAAUCACAGAAACUCAGUCGUUUUCAAAGAGGGUUUAGAGGGACACUUGAAGCUGAUUGGCUCUCUGUAUGACCAGUCUCAGGACUGUCUGGUCCAGAUGCUGGAGUUCCUAGACUUGAGUCAGAAUCUGGACGAGAUGGCGUCGCUACCUGCGUUUGACGCAUUGCUAGGGAAUUAUGGAUUGUCUCCUGAUGCUGCUUUUUCACUGAGUCGAAUUAAGUUCCAAAGGCAGAUUAAUUUGAAGUUUGAAGAGAUGAAACAAGAAGAGAGAGCAAAAACUGAAGAUGGAAAGCUUGCAGAUAGGAUAGUGGUUAAGAAGUACAAAGAGGCAGUGGACGCAGUGAUGGAGUCAGUGAUGACGGCAUCCCUUCCAGUACUGCAGAGUGACCCCUGCACCUCCCUCCUAUUCGACCACGUCACCCCCCAAUUCUACUUCACCUUCUGGUCCCUCUCCCUCUAUGACAUAAGAGUGCCGGUGGAUGUGUAUGACAAGGAGGCAAAUAAGUUGAAUAACCAGAAGACAGCUAUUGACGCCAGGAGCGACUGGAGUGAUAGUAAGAAGACGAAAGAGAAGGACAAGUUGAGUGCGAUGGUGGAUAAGUUGAAGGAAGAGCAGCAAAAACAGCUGGACCACGUGACCAGAGUCAUGUUCAGACUCAAGUCAGAGUCCAAACACUGGUUCCCCAACAAGACAGCUAAGAGCGAGUGCAUCGUCCGCAUACAACAGUUCUGCCUAUACCAGAGGUGCUUAUUUUCUGCCUCGGAUGCCGUGUUCUGUGCCUUGUUCAUCAAGAUAAUCCACAGUCUUCAGGCAGUGAAUUUCUCAACCAUCCUCUGCUUCGACCGGGUGUUUUCGGACCUGAUCUACAACGUGGCCAGUUUCACGGAGAAUGAAGCUAGUCGCUACGGUAGAUUCCUCUACUCAAUGUGGGAAAUCAUCCUGAAGUGGCACUCGGACAAGGCAAUCUAUGACAAGGAGUGCAGCAAUUACCCUGGCUUCUUCAUGACCAUCAGGAAGGACACGAGCAGUGCGGCCAACAAGAGUGAGGCCAUUCUGGAGUACGAGAACUUCAGACAUGUCUGCUACAAAUGGCAGUUCAAGGUGGCCAGAGACUUGAUCCAGUGUCUGGAGAGUGGGGACUACAUCCAGACGAGGAACACAGUGAUCCUGCUGACGAGAAUGUUGCCCUACUUCCCCAAAGUGGCCCAUCUGGCGGCUGCCAUCGAGAAGAGAGUGGACAAAGUCAGGCUGGACGAGAAAGACUCCAGGCCAGACUUGUCAAGUCUCUGCAUGGCGUACGUGGUCAAGAUGAAGACUCAGAAGUCAAAGCUGAUGGCCGAAGAACAGUUCCACGACAAGUCAGAUAGGAUGAAGAAACAAGAGAAGAUGAAGCAGAAUGAAGCGACGAUCAAACGAGAGACUCAGAAGGCUGCGUCGACCAGCCGAUCGUCCAGUGUGCAGAAGGAGACAUCAGCCGACAGUUCAUCGUCCAAACUGGCCAAUGGGAGUGCGUCUUCGUCGUCUAAGAGACCUGCGGCUGCUGAUUUGGCUUCAGGAGCUUCUGCCAAUGGCACUGAGAAAGGCUCCUCGGGAGGCUCAUCGUCGUCUACAACUGCGGAUUCGAAGAAGAGAAAAGUCGACAAGACGUCUGAUGCAACUACCCACUCCUCAAAACAAGAAACAAAAGCAGCAGCUCCAACCAAAGUAUCCUCGUCCUCUAGGGCAAACUCGAGGGAAAACUCUACUGAUUCGUCAUCGCCUGCCAGAAAACGCAAACAUGAGGAUAAAAAAAUCGAGCCGGUUGACGAUGCCGCACGAAAAUCCAAACGGAAAGCUGCCAAAGACGAUGCCUAACCUAAAACACCACCCACGAUGCAAUACUAUAGCUACGUUGUUGAUUAUUUCAUUUUAAUGAUGUCUGAAUGUUAAGCUCAGUUUUUUUGAUGAUGUAUUAUAUUGAUCCACAAUCUGUUGGAUGCAACAAACGUUUUUCCUGGUUUUAUUUGUCAGUUGUUGAUAUUUUGUGUUAUUUAUGAUUAAUGUAACAAAUAUCUUCUUCCUUGAAA